UCACUAGUAAAUCCGAUGACCACAUUUGCUGAUAUUCUUACAUGUGCAAUAUUUUUUUCAUGCAGUCUGCUGAGGUGCUACUGGGGCUGCUGCUCUGCAAGCUUCUUUUUUUUUUCCCCUCACACAGCUUUCCAGAGCAGCGAUUGGACGGCAGGAGAGCCAAUGGGCAGUCGAGCAGCAGGUUAUUUGAACUCUCCUCACACAGCCUCGACUAAACCAGGCAACAUCCCCUGACUUUUCAAACAUUAUCCUCUCAGAAGAGUCUGUCAUCAACAAGUGUGCUCAGUGCUCAGUCACCGCUGCGGCGAGAGAGCAAGGGAAACUUUUUAACCCCCCCUUUUUUUUUUUUUCUUUUUCCACAUUUCCUUCACAUUAAAUAUAUCCAGGAUGGGAACCUGCCACCUCUAUUUACAACUGGAAGUCUGCUGAUGCACCUGUUGAUUGAGGGAAAGCGCUCAGUGUUUAACCAUGAACAAAGUUGCUGUGGUGAAGUCCGACACGCUGCUUCGGCUGGAGGACAGCAGGAGAGCGGAGACGGAGAGGAGCAGAUUGGACUGCGUGGGCUUACCUCAGAGCAGUUUAACAGACGGCGAGAACACAGACCUGCUGCGAUGCCAGGACGCCAGCGAAAACAGCUCUCCUAUCAAGUACAGAAGAUAUGGGUCUCGCCUGGGUGGGGUCAAAGUUCGCCACAAGAGACAGGUGCUGCAGGACAUGGCCCGACCGCUCAAACAUUGGCUGUACAAACACCGGGACAACCCCUACCCCACCAAGACCGAGAAGGUCCUGCUGGCCCUGGGCUCACAUAUGACCCUAGUGCAGGUCUCCAACUGGUUUGCGAACGCCCGGCGGAGGCUGAAGAACACCGUGAGACAGCCGGACCUGAGCUGGGCGCUGAGGAUCAAACUGUACAAUAAAUACAUCCAGGGAAAUGCUGAGCGACUGAGCGUGUGCAGUGACGACACCGACUCAGACGAUGAAGAGUGUCCUUUACAAACACCCAUCAGCCAAUCAGAUUUUGGCAGGUCAUCUUCUCAUAAGAGUGUGCUCCAGAAACAGGGCAGCGUCCUCGCCAUGGCGGACUCGGCCAACAGUGACGACAGUGCGUCGCCUCCAUCCAAGUACAAGAGCAGCCUACUGAAUCGUUAUCUGAAUGACACCCUGCGGCACAUGAUGACGGCGAAGGCCGAUGGCGUUACAUCGGCCCGCAAGAGGAGGAGCCACUCCGAGUCAUUCAGCUCCAACGAAUGUGAUCGAGACGUCGUCUCCCCGGCGUCGUCCUACGAAACUGAGGCCAACUUUGUCUACCACAUGGAUACAAUGGACUAUACUUCAACUAAAUGUGAUAGGGACCAGCAGCAGGGCCGAGGCCAGCCGAGACAAGUCGAUCAGGGCUGGAGGGAGAUCCACGCCGCUGUGGCUCUGACCAACUUGGCCCAGGGACAGAGCUGCCUGGCAGACCACAGCAGCGUGAUCGUGCCCAGCGCUGCCACAGGGCAGAGCGGCACCCGAGAGCCCUACUCGAUUACGAGGACCACUAGCAUAGACAGGAUGCGUGUCACAGGACCCACCGCUGCUCUGAGACAGAGCUGCACCGCGGGGCCCACUCUCACCAGCCGCAUCAUCCAGAAGUCCUCUCAUAUCGCUGAGGUCCAGACUGUUACUGUGGCCCUGGCAAACACCGUGUAGGCAUUUAAUAUGAGCAUCUGGUCCAAGCACAUGGUUCCAUAUGGGAAUUCCAGAUGCUUAAGUGCCUUGCAUUAUAUGUACAGCCUCUGUUAUUUUGUAAUGCUGAUAAAUUCUGACAUUUUCAAUCAUUUUUACAUCGUAAAAUGGAAAAACUGACCUAACGCAAUUGAGUAUUUUCUACUGUUUUUGCCAUGUUUUUCUAAUGUCUUCCUAUUGCCAUCUGUUGCAGUAAGUUAUAUUAACUUCAUGAGACUGGAUUAUCAUCCAAUGCUAAAGUUUGACAGCAGCUAUUUGAA